CGCCCAUUUUCUUGCGAUAUGUGCGCCUUGUCUUUUAAUCGUCAACACGAUUUGAAACGGCAUCGCGACACGCAUACUGGAGAGAAGCCCUUCCUAUGUAACGGUGGAUGCGGUAAGACCUUCACGAGAAAGGAUGCACUCAAGCGUCAUCAG